AUGGCAAGAUCAGGUCAUUCCACUCACUUGUCUCCUGGAAGACAUAGGGCAUGUCAACCCCAGACACAGAAGCUCACGGAAACUGAAAUUUCUGAGCUGAAAAACUACCUUCCUGAGUGGACUUCUGCGAUAAGGAGCGAGAAGCAGGCAGUUUUCACUGCAAUUGCCAGGGCUGCCAGGUUGUUUGCACCAAAGGUGGACCAAGGACAAUGGAAAAAGAGGAAGCAGAUGUACAAGACUUGGUUGUUCAACAACAAGAAAAAGAAGGAAAGGAAGGACAUGAUAAAGUAUGGGAGGAAAUGGACACCUAGGAUGGUGAUCUACCAGAAGAAUUGGGAAGAGGUGCUGAAGAGGAUCGAGGAUGAGUCCGGGGCAAAGCCAGGAGAUCCUGGUAUGUUCAAGCAUUAUCAGGCAGCUGUGAAGAGAGUCAUGGCUGAAUUGUCUGACGACAAGUUGGAGAAGGCGAAAGAAACCGCCGAAGAAUGGUCCAACAACUGUCCUCCUCCCGAGAUACAAGCACAGGUUGCCCGUAAGAAGGGACCUGCAUAUAUGGAGCACUUUUCAAAGGAGAUGUGGAGGAAAUGCAGGAUGAGAGUGUUUGUGUUGUCAGCUUGGAAGAAUGAACAGGGCGAGGUGCUGUUCAGGAUGCACAAUGAUAACAAGGCAUUAGGAGAUGGGGACAGCUUCAUGAAGACAAAGGACUGGGAGGACAUCGAGCCGGUGUGGCAGGAGUAUGUGCAGGAACAGUUCGGUGCCAGAGCAUGGGAAGGUGGCCGACAGAUGAAGGGAGGUCGCAAGAGAAUCCAAAAACCAGCCUUCAAGCUCGACACUGACGAGGAUGGGAUGUCGUUGCUUCUGGACAUCACCGAAACAAAACUUGAGAAGAAGAAGGCCAUCGACAUUGUUGAAUGCACCGACAUAGGGAUUUGUUCAGGGAUCGACAAGGCAGUAGUGCCAUGGAGCGCCAUCCUUCAAUGCCAGGAUGACUUUGUGUCACGAAGAUAUCUUCCGGCGGAUGUCGACUUGAAGGAGCCUUCCAAGUUGCAAAAUUGGUACACGACCGCCCUCCUCAAUUUCUGGUAUGCUCAGCAGGAGAAAGGCGAAGGAUCAACAUUCACGUUCAAAGUGUGGAAGAACAAAGAUGGUGACAUGGUAGCAUCAGUCGUAUCAGGCGGGUUGCCUUCCCAUCGGACGGGUAAAGUCAAAAACACACAAAGGGUAAUCAUCUGA